AUGGCAUUCAAUCCUGGAGUUUACGAAGCCGUCAACAAAUUACUGGCGACUCCGAAGCCAAAAUAUCCCUACAAGUACAAAAAUGUGGAGCUUCAUGUUAAUCUGAAGAAUCACUCUCAUGCUUACUUCCAUAGAUCGAUUCGGUUGAGCCACUCGAUCCGUACCAAAUUGAAUGUGUGCGUUCUUGGCGAUGAGUUGCACUGCGCUGAGGCCAUUAAAAAUGGCAUACAUUGCAUUAAAGCAAACAUCAUAUUCAAACCCAAAAAGACCGUCGAAUACUAUAUGAAGAAAAUAAUCAUGACCUAUGAUGCAUUUCUGAUUUCGGAUAGUCUAUGCGCUCAAAUGCCAAGCAAAAUGGCGGUCCAAUUUUUCAGGGCCAACAAAAUCCGUCGGCUGUUGAGCCACGACAAACCGAUGAUGGAAAAAAUCGAGGAAUUGAAAUAUACCAUAAAUUUCAAGUUGAUCAACUCACGCAAACUGAGCACUGUGAUUGGCAACCUUCGCUUGACUCCGGAAGAGCUUAAUGACAACAUCAUCACUGCGAUUCGUUUCUUAGUCCCGCAGCUCAAGGGUAAAUGGGGCAAUAUCGAAAGCAUCUAUAUCAAGACUCCCGAGGGAGAACCGCAUUUGGUCUUCUAA